AUGGAAAACUCUAGUGGGAGUAAAGAUUAUGAGUAUGAAGUUGAAGGUUAUGAGCUAAAUAAAAGAGACUUCAAGGCAUCUACAAAUGAUAUAGAUGCAUAUGAAGAGGAAUAUAAUGAAUUCUCUGGUGAGGAAUCGGUGGAAGAAACAAAGUUAUCCUUUUUCAGCAGAUUAGCUGCUGUCGUUAAUGCUGAAGCAAAAGGUAUCGAACCUGUCACUGACGAAGAAAAGACUGAUGAUUCGAUUAUCAAUGCAGCUUCAAUGUGGUUUUCCGCAAAUAUGGUUAUUGCUUCUUAUGCAUUGGGUGCUUUAGGUCCUGUUAUUUACGGUUUGAACUUUGGUACUUCUGUUUUAACUAUUUUCUUCUUCAAUAUUCUAGGUAUGAGUUCAGUCGCAUUCUUCUCUGUAUUUGGUGCAGAAUUCGGUUUAAGACAGAUGGUUUUAACUCGUUAUUUAUGUGGUAAUAUUACUGCAAGAAUUUUUGCAAUUAUUAAUAUUAUUGCUUGUAUUGGUUGGGGUGUUGUUAAUACUGUCGUCUCAGCUCAAUUAUUAAAUGAGGUUAACUCUCCACACCAAAUGCCUCUUUGGGCUGGUUGUUUGAUCAUUGUAAUCGGUACAGUUUUAAUUUCAUUCUUUGGUUAUAACGUCAUUCAUGCCUAUGAAAAAUGGUCUUGGGUACCAAAUUUUGCUGUCUUCUUAGUCAUCAUUGCACGUAUGAAAAUUUCUGGUCAAUUUUCUAAUGGUCCUUGGAAUGGUGGUGCUAAUACAGCAGCUGGUGUCUUAUCAUUUGGUUGUGCUGUCUAUGGUUUUGCUGCUGGUUGGACUACUUAUGCAGCAGAUUACACAGUCUACAUGCCAAGAAAUACAAAUAAAUUUAAAAUCUUUUUCUCUCUAGCUUUCGGUUUAUUAUUCCCAUUGUUAUUUACAAUGAUUUUGGGUGCUGCCGUUGGUAUGGGUGCAGUUAACAAUCCAAGAUGGAUGGAAUAUUAUAACGAAAAUGCUAUGGGUGGUUUAACUUAUGCAGUUUUAGUUGAAGAUUCAUUACAUGGUUUCGGUCAAUUCUGUUGUGUUGUAUUAGCAAUGUCAACUGUUGCUAACAACAUUCCAAAUAUGUAUACAAUUGCUUUAUCAGUACAAGCUUUAUGGGAUCGUUUCGCUAAAAUUCCAAGAGUUAUUUGGACUUUACUAGGUAACGUAUUUGUUUUAGGUAUUUCUAUUGCUGCAGUUUACAAAUUCGAAUCAUUUAUGGAAAAUUUCAUGAAUUCUAUUGGUUAUUAUUUAUCCAUCUAUGUCGCUAUCUCAUGUUCAGAACAUUUUAUCUAUAGAAAGGGUUUCAAAGGUUACAACGUUGAAGAUUGGAAUAAUCCAGCUAAAUUACCAAUUGGUAUUGCCGGUACUUCUGCUUUAUUCGUUGGUGCAGUCGGUGUAGCAUUGGGUAUGUCCCAAACAUACUGGACUGGUGAAUUAGGUAGAUUAAUUGGUGACAAAGGUGGUGGUGAUAUUGGUUUCGAGUUAGGUAUGAGUUGGGCUUUCAUUGUUUUCAAUUUAGUAAGACCACUUGAACUUAAAUAUUUUGGUCGCUAG